CGGCUAGCAGCUAAAGCUAGAAACCCUGUCACAGAGAUGAUUUAACAUCAUUCAAUGUAUUUGCUACAAUUUGACGCUCCGCUUGAACUUGCAGAACAUGAUCCGGGGACAUUAAGUAGAGCCACGGCCACGUCGUUUCAGCUCCUUUUCCCUGUGAAAGCAGAGCCGUCUAUGCCCAGGAGUCUGCGGUUUGCAAAAGACGGUUGCUGCAUCUCAGUGGGACAAUUGUGGACCAAUGUUGUAGGUAUUAGGUUGCAUAUUUGAGAGAUGGGUUCUGAAAACCCAGAUGACUUUGAAUCACCUGUGAUCCUCGCUGAUGAAGAUCAGCAAGACAUAGGAGGCCUAAUCAACUCUGACGGUGAAGAAGUGGAUUUCUCCGAUCUUAGACUGAAUGCCACAUCUGUCAUUGCAAGUCCAGAAUCUCCCUCAAAGAAAUUUGAUCAAAGUGAAAAUGAAAAAGCUUUUCAUAGCUGCUCAGUAUGUGGGAAAGAUUUCCCAUAUGCUUCUAAACUUCAGCGCCAUCUCCGUACUCACUCAGGAGAGAGGCCCUUUCCCUGCUCAAUGUGCGAGAAGAGGUUUCCUGAAAAGGGGCUUCUCAUGAUCCACGAGAGGGUGCACACGGGGGAAAAGCCAUUUCCAUGCACUUUCUGCGAGAAAAGAUUUGCCAGUCAGGGCGAGCUGCGGUUGCACCGGCGGACACACACUGGCGAGAGGCCCUAUCACUGCUCCAUCUGUCUGAAGAGCUUUUCCCGUCAUUGGCACUUGAAAACACACUUAGAGGCGAUGCACUCUGAGGUUGUGGCGGGCUUUACGAGGAAGAAAUUUCCCUGCUCCGACUGCGAGAAGAGCUGCAACUCAGCAGCUGAGCUGAGGGAUCAUCAGAGGACUCAUACAGGAGAGAGGCCGUUUCAGUGCUCUUUCUGUGACAAACGGUUUGCCUUGUCAGGUACACUCGUGAGACACGAGCGUUUGCAUACUGGCAUCACCCCCUACCACUGCUCCGACUGCGGCAAGACGUUUGCGCAGCAGUGGACGCUGACAACACACAUGAGGACUCAUACGGGUGAAAAACCCUACAGCUGCACACAGUGUGAUAAAUCUUUUGUCGCUCCUGGAGAGCUUCGCAGGCACACCAGGAUUCAUACCGGCGAAAAGCCGUACACCUGCACGGAUUGUGGGAGGCACUUCUCGCUGGCAGGAACUCUCAGAAACCACAAGCGAUCAUGUGCGCAAGGCAAGACUGAAGCAGUUACCGAUGUCGUGUCGGGGGCAACUCAAGAUUCAGCGAACAAAUCCUCCCAGCAAGACCUGGUCAGCAGUGUCAGCUGUAAGGUAUCUGACGACCAGAGUUUGCCUGGUGAAGUGGAGCUCCUUUCCUCUGAUGGUCUAAACUGUGUCAAAUCAGCUCAGCCUGAAACUAACUCACGAGAACCUGCAGUCCAACCAGAGGACUGUCUUUCCUCCCCUCAUGUGAUGGUGAAAGAGGAAGAAGAAGAUGAACCUUUAUCUGAAGAAAGUGCAGACCUGACAUCUGGUGGUGAAGCUUGUACCAGCCCAGAGGUGCCUGAAGAGCAACUUGGUAGCUGCACAGAAACCGGGAUUGCAGUAAAGGAGGAAGAAGAGGAACCUGUCAACAGUAAGAAAGUGUCUGUAGAAGUCCCUGAUUGUGUCAAUGGCAAGGAAAAACAUCACCUUCCUGGAUCACCAGUGCAAAAACUGUCUAAGAACAAUCAGACAAAGAGCUCUUACUGUUGUGGUCUCUGUGGAAGGGACUGCCACAAGAUGUCAGCGCUUCAGAUCCAUAUGCGAAUUCACUCAGGAGAGAAGCCAUAUCAGUGCUCUCUGUGUGGGAAACAGUUCACCCAGAAAGGCCAACUCAAGGGCCACUUUAAAGUCCACACAGGUGAAAAGCCCUUCUCCUGCCCGGAGUGCGGUAAGAGCUUUGCCCACUCGGGCGCCAUGAACAGACACCGGCUCACACACACGGGGGAGAGGCCCUACCACUGCUCCGUGUGCGACAGGAGCUUUAAUCAGUCCGGCCGCUUGAGGGAACACGAGAAAAUCCACUUUGGGGAGAAGUUUGACUGUCCUGAGUGUGAAAAAAGUUUCACACGCUCAUCAAGUCUCAAGAAUCAUUUCAGGCUUCACACCGGCGAGAGGCCGUACGGCUGCGACAUCUGUGGUCGAGGUUUCAGCCGCUCGCAAAGCCUGAGGCUCCACAGACGAAAACACUUCCAGAUUCAGACUGAUGUGGAGUCCCCAGGAACUGCGACAAAUGAUGACCUCUCGAGUGACAAUAACUCUCCACUUAACAUGUGCAUUACAGACAAAAAUGACUGAUGUAUUUAUAUAAUUAAAUGUGUAUAUCAGUAAUUGUAUUACAAAAUUGAAGUCGGUAAAACAUGAACUGAGUGAGAAGAAAGUAAGAAUCUCCAUAUCUGAAUAGAUUGACACUGAAGCUACUGUACACUGACUAGCCACAACAUUAAAACCAGUUAAGACAGGAGAGUGAGCAACACUAGUCAUCCUGUUGCAAUUUCAAAAUUCUUCGGAGGGUAAAAAGCAAACGAACAGACAUCUUAACAUUCGCAUGAAUGUUAUUUUUGACAUCUAUGUUGGCGCAUAUGCUGUCACAUUGUGGAAGCUGAAGUCCCCCGAUGUAGCAGCGUCUUCCAGCGCAAUAGCCGUUUUCUCCGUGAAACUGAUCAGGAAGGGUUCAGAUAAUGAUUUAGAGGUACCGGUAUUCAAAUGGCCCCCGAACUGCCCAAAUACCAAUGUGAUGGGAUUUUAUAGCAUCCUUGAGAAGGAAUUCCAAUGCAGAAGGAUUCCACCGUUCAACCCACCAGCCCCCCAAAAAUCGACUCAGAAGCACUUAUUUUUUUACAGCUCUGCAUUUCAUUCAUUGCUGAAACCUUUGCACCUUCAUAUGACUUGAUAAUGAAAGUUCCCAUCACCAAAAAAAAAAAAAGUGAAGGUCAUGGCCAUGGUGGGUAAUAUUUUGUGAUGUACAGAUGGAUAAGAUCAUGCAUUUGGGUAACUGUACAGAAAAACAGUAAUGCAGCACAAUAAAAAAUUGGGGCAUGCCACACAAUGUGAUCAGAGGUCUUAGGUCCAUUCCCAAUGCAAAUGCAUCUCAGUUCCAACCAGUAAAGCCUCUUCAUCAGUAAAAGGACAUGUUAUGGUCCAAACAUCUCCAUAAUGCGCCCUUCAUAAAAUUGAUUGCUUGUUGAAAUUAAAUCCAUUCCAGCUGUACGAAUGAGAAGAGACAAUGAGGAAUUCUGGGAUUUGUGGAGCAAAAACUUGCGCCUGACCAAGUUAGGUUUAUAAAGUAAAUCACCAUGGUAACCAACGCAGAAUAUAAGCUACCUCCGGUUCUGUAACAGGCAUGAGUUAACCCUCUAUUUCAGGUUUAAGUAACCUCACUAUCUGAAAUAGAAAAUCCCGAGCUUCUCUCAUUUCAGGUUCAACACACUGUUUGCCCCAAAACCCAAAACAAAACACUGAAAUAGGCCCCAGAAUAUUCUCAGAUGUUGGUGGUCCCACCCUGACUGGUCAGUGGUGUUUUUUUUUACAUGAGGAUAACCUGAUCUAACUCAGGUGGGUGGUCAUAAUGUUGUGGCUGACUGGUGUUUGUGGUGGUUCUGAAGGAAAGUGUUGAAGCAGAAAAAUUUCACUCCCAGAAGAGUGCAAACAGGUGAAUGUAAAGAAACCUGCCAAGUAAUGUCCUCUGACUACAGUGCAGUAUAACUCAAAAUGUCCAAUUCAUUAUCUUAAAACAAGUUUCACAAAAUUUUUUAAGAACUUUUUGACGGACAAGUUGUAAAGGUCAUAUUUAUUCUGAUUAAUCAUUCCCGUGUUGGACAGGUUUGUGUAUUGGCAGUCACGUUUAGAGUAUUAUGGUAGUAUAAAUUACAAUGUAUAAGGUCUGUGAUUUCAAUUUGUCCGAGCAGUAUUUUUUCAUCAAAUUAAUUGUGCAUGUGGACAAUAAACUGAUAAGUAACUUAAGUGUUUGUUUUAGGCGUUAUGGUGGCCAGUAAUCAGUCAGACUGAAGGUAUUGUUAAAAAAAAAAGGUCUCUGAAGAAACAACAAUUUGAGAUAUUGCACUUUUCUGCUUUUAUUGUAAAUGAAUGAAUUCCCAUGAGGUUCAUCAAUAUUUAAAGAGAGAAAACAAAGAAUCACAACAGGUGUGUCUUUUAAAUGAUAGCAUAUUCAUGCCUCAUUCAGGCUCGAAAGGAAAAUUAGCAAAUAUGUCAUAACCAGUCUUGGGCAACGCCGUUUAACAGAUGAGGGUGGAGAUCAUUCCGUGGGGAAUUGAGCCAAGUGAUGAAACAUGAUACUGUAAUCUAUUUUGAUCUCUGUUGAUAGUAAUGUUUUAAGAACCAUCUGGCUCUAACAGCUCUAAAAGGUCAAGUAUUUAUAAGUUAAUAGAAAAAUCUACCAGAACUGUGAUACAAAAGAAAAAGAAAUAAUUUAAAACCAUGUGUCUGGUUAAUACUUUUAACUAUGCCUUUAUUUAAUUGUAUGGGAUGUGUUUUACUGAACAAUAAAAGCUAA